CCACCUGUGAUCGUGGAUUCUGGGUCAGGGAUAGUCUCAUCAGCGACGCCUGAGGAUUCUGCCGAUGGGGGAGAGGAUGAGGAGGAGGAUGAGGAUGAGCUUGCAGAGAGCACACAGCACUCCGUUCUCCCCAACAGCCAGGAUCUUUUUCUCACCCUGACUGAAGUACCCUCCCAAGCCUCCCAAGCCAGUACCCAAGACUCUGACCCCAUGGAAGGGACCUCAGCAGCUGCAAAUUCCUCAAGCCUCCCUCCUCCAUCCCGAAGGUUAUCACAGAUAAGGCGUCGUAAGAAGAGAACGCGAGACGAGAUGUUUUCUGAAAUUAUGGAAUCCAGCCGCAGUGACAGAGCUCAUCUGAAUGAGUGGAAGGAAACAGUUUCAAAGUAUAGGAAAGAAGCCAGUGAACGUGAGGACAGGAGGGACCAACGUGAGGACAGGAGGGACGCUCGAGAUGAGAGGUGGCGGCAGGAAGACCAGAGGAGGCAGGAUGCAACGCUGGGGCUGCUGCGUGAGCAAACAGACAUGCUCCGGCGUCUGGUGGAGCUUCAAGAACGGAUGCUGGAAAACAGACUGCCGCUUCAACCCCUUCAAGUGCUACAAAUGGACUUGACAGAAGUAAGAGAAGGAAACAGAAAUAUCUGCGAGGUGUCAAACUGA